GACGUAGGGAGGCGUCCGUCCAGCAUGUCCCUGAGCCCCCCCAGGCACUCCACCCCCUUCUCGGUCAUCGACAUCCUGCAGCACGGCCCCAUGGACGACCUCCACCGGAGGUUCGGCGCCGUGCAGGAGCCCGGACUGGCCGGCUUGUACCGGUACCAGCAGCAGCAGCACCAGCAGCAGCACCAGCAGCACCAGCACCUCCAUCAGCAGCAUCAGCACCAUCUGCAACACCAGCCCCACCUGUCCACUUCCCCCGACGCCUACAACGUACCGCACUUCUCGGGCUCGGUCGGGGGGUUCUGCAGCGGCGGCGGCGGCGGAGAAAUGCCGGCCUAUCAGGAGUCGCUAAGGCCGGUUGGCCCUGCGGCUGCGGCCUGGUACGGCGGCCCCGAAACAAGAUACGCGCCAAUUUCCCAGCUGAUGGGCUCCUGCGGCGGCCUGUCGGGCGGCUUGUCUGCAGCCUUGGACGGCUGCACCAAGGCCGCCUUGUCGGCGGCCCCGCGGAGGAAGCGUCGAGUGCUCUUCUCGCAGGCCCAAGUCUUCGAGCUGGAGCGCCGCUUCAAGCAGCAAAAGUACCUGUCGGCCCCCGAGAGGGAGCACCUGGCCGGCCUCAUCCACCUCAGCCCCAACCAGGUGAAGAUCUGGUUCCAGAACCACCGCUACAAGCUCAAGCGACAGCUCAAGGACAAGGCGGCGCAGCGGCAGCAUGACGCAGGCGGCGGCGGCCUGUGCGCGAUCAACCGCUCAUCGCCGAUGCUCGCCAAGCCCAGCCGGGGCGAACCCGAACCGACGGCGGAGGCCAAGACGAGCAACCAGCAACUCGAACGGGACGUCCAGGAGGAGCACCGGGAAGGGAAAGGGGGCCGCUCGCUAGAGUCGCCCACGGGCUUCCGCGCGCGCACGGACGCGGCGGUGCUUGAUUACACCGGCGGCGUGCUCGGUUCCUCCACUUUGCUCUACGGCAGAACUUGGUAGGACCGAACCGGAGCGGAGACAGACGCGGACUGAGGAGGUGCAAGUUUUUGGGCUGUUUUUUGGAGCCAAAGUUGGCGUUGCCUUGGACAUGUGACUGGAUUCCUGCAGACUCUUGACUACGUAAUUAUUUCAGCUUUCAAGCAAAAAUAUUCAAUUGUCAAUGAAUAUCUUUCCUUUGCCCUCUGAAUUUAGACUAUUCGUUUGAAAUGAAAUUAUGGAACUUAUUACAUUUCAAAGCAUAUUUGGACGUUUUUAGUAGUUGCACUGGAUGAAAGAAUAAAAAAAAAAAGUGCAAGUUAACACAUGACUUGUUCUUUUAUUGGACAAGUUAAUAAAAGACAUUGUUGGAGAAUCUCUCAAAAGUACAACAGUCACUUAAAGUUCCACGUAUAUUUUGGAAUAAAAAGAAUGAAAGAAGAAGAAAAAAAAAAGCUCAUUCCCA